GAGAAUCUUAAUGAAACACACUGAAAAUGUAAAAUGAAACCAUGAAUCUCUAUUUCAGUUAAAAUAAAAGCCUAAUUUAAAGUCUAAACAGUGAAAUCCAAACUUGCAUGUUUUUGCAGUUGGAACUUAGAAUGCGGUAGUGAGAACUGGGACUGAAAGUCUGAACUCUGAAAUCCAACGGCGUCCGCUCUUGUAGUAAAAGCUAUAGUUAUUAUUAUAUCUCUUCUUCGAAUUUCAAAUGCUUUCAAAGACCAGGAUUUUGGUGAACCCAUCGCCUUGCUAUUUUGCAUUACUUCAGAAACUUCACUGUCAUCAGCACUCACUAGCUUCCAACCCGGCGCCAAAUUAUGCGGAGCUUUUAAAUUCCUGCAUCGCUGGGAAGGCGAUUGAGCGAGGCAGGCAGCUACACGCUCGUCUGUGCCUUAUUGGGCUUGGCUACAACACCUUCUUGGCCACGAAACUAGUCAAUCUUUACUGUGUUUGUGACCAUGUAAGUGUUGCACACCAACUGUUUGAUAAAAUCUCCAAAGGUAAUCUCUUUCUCUGGAACGUUUUGAUUCGAGGGUACGCGUGGAGUGGUCCUUAUGAGGUUGCCAUAUCUUUAUAUUUCCAGCUGCUCAAGCACGGCCAUGUUCCCAAUAACUUUACUUUUCCUUUCGUGCUCAAGGCGUGCUCGGCCCUCUCUGGUAUUGAUGUCGGGAGGGACAUUCAUGGGCAAGUGGUGAGCACUGGGUGGGAAAGAGAUGUCUUUGUUAGUGCUGCCCUCAUUGACAUGUAUGCAAAAAGUGGUUGUGUUGAGAAUUCAAGAAAAGCAUUUGAUAAUGUUGUUCAGAGGGAUGUUGUCGUUUGGAACUCAAUGCUCGCUGCUUAUUCCCAGAAUGGGUGUCCGGAUGAGUGCCUAUCUUUAUGCAGUGAGAUGGCGUAUUCGGGCGUUGGGCCAACUGAUGCCACUUUAGUGACUUCCAUUUCAGCGGCUGCAGACAUAGCUGCACUUCAACAAGGGAGGGAGCUUCAUGGCUACAGCUUCAGACAGGGCUAUUGCUCUCAGGACAAGGUGAUGACCGCUCUCGUGGAUAUGUAUGCCAAGAGUGGUCAUGUGAAGCUUGCUAGGAUGUUAUUCGAAGCACUUUCAGAGAAAAGGGUUGUUUCUUGGAAUGCUAUGAUCACUGGAUAUGCAAUGCAUGGCCAUGCUAAUGCAGCGCUUCAUAUGUUUAAUUGGAUGAUCCGUGGAGCCCACCCAGACCACAUUACUUUUGUCGGAGUUUUAUCGGCUUGUAAGCAUGGAGGGAUGCUGGAUGAGGCGAAGAUGUAUUUUGAACAGAUGACUAGGAUUUACGGUGUUGAACCAUCUGUUCAGCAUUAUACUUGCAUGGUUGAUCUCCUUGGUCACCGCGGACGGCUGGAUGAAGCUUAUGGACUUAUAACACAGAUGAAAGUCGUCCCAGAUUCUGGUGUGUGGGGCGCAUUGCUUAAUUCGUGCAAAAUUCAAGGAAAUGUGGAGUUAGCAGAACUUGCCUUGGAGAAGUUAAUCGAGCUGGAACCAAACGAUGCUGGAAAUUAUGUGAUAUUAUCAAACAUGUAUGCCCAAGCAGGCAGGUGGGAGGGAGUUGCUACACUAAGAAAACUAAUGACCGACAAAGGAUUAAAGAAAAGCACAGCUUGUAGCUGGAUUGAAGUUAAAAGUAAAGUACACGCUUUUCUCUCUGGAGAUACAUCUCAUCCAAUGUCCAAUGAAAUUUAUGAAGAACUAAAAAGUUUGGGAGCAAGGAUGGUGCAGGCUGGUUAUACUCCAAAUACUUCAGCUGUUUUUCAUGAUGUGGAUGACGAUGAAAAGACUAGAAUGCUUUCCUGCCACAGUGAAAGGCUAGCAAUUGUCUUUGGGAUUAUUAGUACACCACCGGGGAGCAAUCUCUUGAUCACUAAGAACCUACGGGUUUGUGAAGAUUGCCAUGUUGCAAUCAAAUUUAUAUCGAAAAUCACAGAUAGACAAAUUACUAUCAGAGAUGUGAACCGCUAUCAUCAUUUCAAAGAUGGCAUCUGUUCUUGCGGUGACUACUGGUAACCUGAGGAUCAGGAAAAUAAGAGUUUGAAAUUAAUUGCUCAAUGAGAAAUGUGGAGUGACCUCAAUGGAACCAUUUCUGAAAAAGUUCUUCCAUGAUGUGUAUACUAAGAUGAAGAAAAAUACUGAGGUCAGUAACUACUGCAAAUUUGACAGUCAACUCUUGACGGCUUUCUCAUCCUCACUGUAUGUAGCCGGUCUAUUUGCUUCCUUGUUAGCGUCAUUGGUAACCGGCGCAUUCGGACGAACACCAUCAAUCCUAAUCGGCGGAGUUGCUUUCCUAGCCGGCACAGCCCUCGGUGGCGCGGCCUUGAAUAUUUACAUGCUGAUUCUCGGCAGAGUUUUGCUUGGCAUAGGAGUUGGUUUUGCCAAUCAGGCAGUUCCAUUGUAUCUAUCAGAAAUGGCGCCAGCCAAGUACAGAGGAGGAAUCAACAAUGGCUUCCAGCUGAGUGUAGGCAUUGGGGUCUUAAUUGCAAGCCUAAUAAACUAUGGGACUGAAAAGAUCAGAGAAGGUUGGGGAUGGAGAAUCUCUCUAUCACUAGCUUCAGUUCCUGCAUUUUUCCUAACAUUAAGUGGUCUUUUCCUCCCAGAAACACCCAACAGUCUGAUUCAUCGAUUCCAUGAUAAUGAGAAAGCUAAGAAGAUGCUGGAGAGAAUAAGAGGCACAAAUGACGUCCAGGCAGAGUUGGAUGAUCUCAUUGCAGCUAGCGAGCUUUCAAAAACAGUAAAAAACCCCUUCAUCAACAUCACACAGAGAAGAUAUAGGCCUCAUUUAAUAAUGUCAAUCAUGAUUCUUUUCUUCCAACAAGUGACCGGUAUAAAUGUGAUAGCUUUCUAUGCUCCGGUCCUUUUUAGGAUAAUUGGCUUAGGUGAAAGUGCUUCACUCAUGUCAUCGGUUGUGAUUGGGGCAGUUGGAAUGGCCACAACUUUUGCUUCAAUGCUGAUUGUCGACAAACUUGGUAGAAGACGGCUUUUGAUCAUCGGGGGAAUAGUAAUGUUUUCCACACAAGUGACUGUAGGGGUAGUUAUGGGUGUUAAGUUGGGGAACCACGGAGGGGUAAGCAAAGACUGGGCAGUUGUGGUUUUGUUACUAAUAUGUGGUUAUGUUGCAGGGUUUGGGUUGUCAUGGGGGCCUUUGGGAUGGCUGAUUCCAAGUGAGAUCUUUCCACUGGAGAUCAGAUCAGCUGGACAAAGCAUCACGGUGGCUGUGAGCUUUCUGUUCACCUUCUUGGUUGGUCAAAACUUGUUGACAAUGCUUUGCCACUUCAAGUGUGGGAUUUUCUUCUUCUUUGGUGGGUGGGUUGCUGUUAUGACUGCCUUUGUGUACUUCUUGUUGCCUGAGACAAAAAAUAUACCUAUUGAGAAAAUGGAUAGGGUUUGGAGAGGUCACUGGUUCUGGAAGAAAUUUGUUGAAGAGGUUCUGUAGUACUAAAUUACUAAUACUCUGGAGAAUGGUAUAUAUGAGAAUCUAUGCCUUUUAGCUGUUCUUGUUUGCUCUUUGCCUCUUUAUUUUACUAGUAUAAAUGUCAAAGAAAAAUAUAUGCGUCUAUUGUAAUUUAUAGAUUUAUAUUAUACCGUUCCUAAGAUCGCUUUGAAACCUUUGUUUUGUUUUCAUUUAGUGGUCGUUUUACCCUUUCAAGGCUUCACUUAUUACUUUGAUUCCAG